CCUUCUCCUUCUCCUCUCUUCCCCCUCGCUCUCGCUCUCUCUCUCUCUCUCUCUCUCUCUCUCUGCAGCUUCUGAACACGAAUUGGACAAGAAAUGAAGGAUCCAUCUUUGUCUUCCUGCAACACUCCCCUGUUUUCUAAAACUGUUCUGAAACUCGAUCUCCACGAUGACAAGGACAAGCGCAAGGCCUUGAAAGCCGUCUCCACUUUCUCAGGAAUUGAUUCAAUAUCCAUGGACAUGAAGGAGCGGAAGAUGACGGUGAUGGGCACCGUCGAUCCCGUAGACAUAGUAAAAAAGCUCAGGAAGUCUUGGAAAGCUGAGAUAUUUUCCGUUUCGGAGCACCCGAAACAAGAGGGCGGCCGCGGCGGCGUGAGCGGGUGGUGGCGGAGGCGGAGGCGGCGGCGGGCGCGAGAGAAGAAGAAAUAA